CUAACCAGAAGGAAACUUUUGUUGGUUGUUUCGCUCUGUUCCGUCUUCCGUCCUCCCGCGUAGUGGUUACUAAAGCUGGUGGGAUGAAUGCUGCAGGGCUAUAGAAUAAAUGAAUUGUUUCCUAGUAGCGGCACACUUUAAAAAUGUUCUUUCUCUAAAUUGAGCUGCCCAGUUACUAAAAGGCUUGGUUGAGUACCAGAUCAUCUUGCAACUCACUGGGUUUCAGUCACAGAGCACUUGCUGCUGGGAUGUCAGCUGUGUUUCAAAGAGACAGGCCUUCAUCCCAGGUCUCUUCUCCUGGAGUGAAGAUGGUGAGUGUGGGUGUAGGCACAAGGCCAGAAUGGCCAAGAGAAUCCAGAUCAGGAACCAGCAGGUUUGACAUGGAGACAAAUGAGACUGUCUUGCAAAGGAGGCAGAAGCAGAUAGACUAUGGAAAAAAUACCAUUGGUUACCAGUGCUUUGCCCAGCAGGUGCCCAAGGCUUCUCGGCAGUCAGGUGUACACCCAUGUACUCCAAAUAAAUAUAAGAAGUACAGUCGCCGCUCAUGGGACAAGCAAAUUAAGCUGUGGCGACGGGCACUGCAUGGCUGGGACCCACCUGGACUGAAUUCACAGGAAUCAGAGAGGAGCUGGUGGGUCUUUUGCCUGAUCUUUCAAAUGACUGGCUGGGUGCCAAAUGGACCCUGGAAAACCUUUGUAAAGAAGUCUUGCACAGACAGUUUGCUACCUUGUCUUCUGACCACAAUUGUACUUGGCAGCAUCACGAUGAGAACUUACUGGAAGAUGUAGACUGUCCACUCGGUUUUUGGCUAUGAAUCUGAUUUCCUGGAAACCCAAAGCACCAGAUGCCCAAGAAGAGACAGUGUCUUUAAAAAAAAAGUGUGGAAGGGCAAUCUGAGCUAUCCUCAAUCCUUGUACUACUGUGGCCCACUUGUGCCCCCUUAGAUUGGUGUGAUAUUUUGUAAUGGAUUAAUCCUGUUUCUA